AUGGUGAUUCUGGAUUUGCAGGGUUUCAGAGUUGUGAGCUUUGAUACAGAAACACUAUCCCCGCGCCCCCUCCCGCCUCCAAGUCCAGAAACACCAUUUUCCCCCAAUUUCCUCACCAAUCCUCAUUUUAUCCUUUUCUUUUCUGUAUUUCUCACCAAUCCGCCACCAAGUUCAGAAACAACCCUCAUUCUCUUCUGUCGGCGUCACGGUUGCGCCGCCGUCACUCCGUUUGCUCGCGCUGCCGUCGCGUUCUAUUGCUAUCGUGCCACUGUCGCUCCUCUUGCUCGAGCCGCCUGUCGCUCCGUUGCUGUCGCGCCGCCGUCGCUCCUUCUCUCUAUUGCCGCCAUGGCUCCUCCCACUUUGGUCCUUCUCCGUUCUCUCUCAAUCGAGCUCACAAGAAUCAUGUAUCGUUUUCAAAGCCAUCUUCAGUUUCAAUUGGAAAUCCCCUAUUUCAGCAUGCUGCAGAUGAAAGAAUCAGACUGGAAGAAUUGCGGCAAAAGGAACUGGUAUGUACCCUAUGAAUUAGAGGGUCUAUGAGACUCUUUUCUCUCCCUGAAUCUUUAAAAUUAUUACACCAUUAGCAAGAUGCAUCAUACAGGUGCUGCCAGAGAUUGGUUAUCAACUACUUCAUAGUUAUAGCGAACAGAUUAAAGAUUGGGGUUGGAUGUGCAACAUUCAUGUUCAUUUUGAACCUUAUAAAAGGUAUGCUUGUCUGCUGGCUUGCAGAAGUUGUAUACUUCCUAGAUCAAUGUUUUAGAAGGCGAAUAGUGUUAAUGAGUCGUUCAUUUGUUUUGGCAACGAAUCAAGACAAAAAAUGCCUUUAUUUGCUCAUAUCGUGCAUCUUAUUGCCUGGCCCCAAAUUAAACUAGAAUAAUUUAUUACAUCAAACUCAUUCAGUUGGAUGUGGUUUUUUAAUAUAUAAUUUUCAUUGCCUUGCAGGAAUCUGGAUGUUUCAACAGACAACAAUGGCCGUCACACUUAUAGUGGUACCUUGUAUUUUAGGUGUCAACUUAAAUGAUGCUGAUCUUUUAGAGUUUCUUUAGUAGGUUUAAAAAAUCCUUAUCUGAGCCUUUGUUGCGUUAUAAUUGUAUUCCUUUAAUAAUUGAACAUUGCACAUCAUCUGAUUUAUUUAUCUUAGCUUGCUGACACUGAUGGAUCAUCAACUAUGCCGCCCUCUGUUAUAUGAGUCCUAAAUUUGAAAGCAUGCAAAAGUAUGUGGCCAAUAUCAAGGAGUUUGAAAUGCCUUAUUAUAUUUACACGAAUUCCAUAUUUGAGUCCCAUUUCUUCACCGAAGUACAGAGGGCUGCACAUAAUUUAAGAAUUUUUAAUUUGUGAUUUAUUAGUACUUGACUUUCUUGCUUUUACCUUAGUAAAAUAUGGGUCCAUGGGACUGAAAUUCAGGUUGUGUGCUUUGUUGUUCAGAUUCCUGUCAAUAAAAAGAACAAGAAAGAAAGGUACCAAGAGGAAUUAGAGGAGCACAUUGUGUCACUGAUUUCUUCAUUAUUUGGUAAGCAGGCAAGUGAGGUUUCUAUGGAGUUCACUUAGGAUGUUUGAUAUAGGAGUGAAUAACUUUUAUAUUUUGCAUGUAAUUUAUCUAAAGUUUUGAAAUUUGUAAUGGUCAAAUUACACAUUGUCUUGUUGUUUUGCAAUGCGUGUGCAUUAUGCAUUUUUCCUUGACAUGAUCAAUGUAAAAAAAAAAGGAGGAGUGUUAUCAGAUCAAUUGUUUAAUUGACAGUUUAAUUUUUAAUCUUCCUCAAUUGUAUUAUUUGACUUGUGUAGAAAUUUCCAGUCUUACCGAAUGAGAUAAGGCCUAGUUAAUUGUUGA